AUGGAGUAUUAUAGCCUGCGACCAACCUCGCCUUUGUUUGCAGAAUGUCCUAAUGGUGUGGAGGCUCCUGCCUUCCAGAGAGUCAAUACCGACUAUCGCAUUGGAGUGUACAAGAGUUGGACUGCAGCAGCUAUGCAUGGUUGGGUUGUAGACCCUUCCACGGUACAGACCGCUGCCAUUGCAGUCGAAACAGUUCGGUACUCUUCCGUUGCUGCUUUUGUACUUUUUGUGUACGAAUGGCUCUUGCUGUUGGAUGACGAGGUCAUGCUAAUUCAUUCGUCUCCGUGGUCGCUUGUUAAAGUGGCCUACCUCGUCUGUCGUUACUAUCCCAUGCUUGAUUAUCCUUUUGUCCUAUGGGCCUGGGUAGCCGAUCAUACAACCUCAACCUGUCAGCACAUAAUACGUCCUUUGUAUAUUUCCUUAUUUCCUUUGCAAGUGUCUGCACAAGGUCAAAGAAAAUUUACCCUCGUCAUUCUAAGUAUUGCCUACGGUGCCCUGAUGGUACUAGUACUGUGGUUCAUUUGCAUUGGAUUUGAUCCAACUGCUUCACACUUAUUCGUUGGCAAUACUGGUUGUUAUGGUGAUGAUCCAUACUCAGUAGCGGCACAUGGAAGGAGCAUUAGGACUGGCCUUGUAUUUCUUUUCAUGUGCACGCUCGAUAUUGGCGUAAUAUUUCUAGUACUGUGGCACGCUUACAAGGCAAGAUCAUUGCAAGGACAACUGGGCAGGAUAUUUGUAUAUCAAAGCGUAGUAUAUUUUGCCUUGGUGUGUUCUAUCAACCUCUUAACAGCAGCCUUCUAUCUUGCACCGAACGAGGCUCUAAAUGGUUAUGGAUUUCCUUUUGCACUGAUUCUCUCUGAUGCCUUCGCAUGUCGGAUGAUCCUGCAUCUCCGACGCCAAGCAUCUCCCACUGAGUCGGUACAACUCGAAGAGCAGUCACGGGUUGUACGCGAGGCUUUUCAACAGCAGCGCACCAUUACAGAUAUUCUAAGUGUAUGAGGCAGGACGUGCAGGUUUUUCGCGGUCCAAGUGAUGCUGCUGUGGUCAAGACAGCUAGCAGUAUAUAAGGUCCAAGGUCAAGCCUACCACACCGAAUACUCACAUAGCACGACCGCGCAGUGCAUGUGUCACCUCGGGAAAAGGGCUAUAUAGUAUUCGACAUAUGGUAUCUGUGCGUUGAGCACCUUGGAUCAUCCAUACAACUGGGUACCGCUUGUCGAGGAUUUCCAUAACUUUAUUCGCUGAUAUGGAAAGAACAUAGAUCUUCGGCAUCACAGCUGUAUAAAGUUAUUCUCGUUCAACAGUUAUAGAUUACCCUUCUUCGGGUUAUACGGUUAUAUUUAAAGCAUGGGCCAUACUGUAGUAGCAUGCGAUAAUGGAAUAGAUGUGUUAUAGUAGCUCACCCCCUCUCUCCCAAGCACCUUUAAAUCUCGCAACUUCA